AGUGUCGAGUGAUAAGGCAGAGAUAGUAAGGUCUAACGUUCCAAAUUAGUCCUAUGUGUUGAAAUUUUGCGAUACGGACACGGUGGGCCCCUAAUCAGUCACUACGAAUCCAAAAACAAAAGCAUUAUUAUGCCCCCUCGCCAAUUCUCGGUCUCGUUCAUGGCACACAUUUUAAAUUUUUUGGAAUUAUCUCCGUCCGUCAGCCCGCGUAUCGUGUUUUUCCAUAGACAUUGCUGUUGGCGUUGCAAUUGUUUUGAUAGUCAGAUAAGUCCAUUAGCUCUACGGCGGCGCUGCAACUCGACGCCGCCACUAUCCAACACAAGGCAGUCUACCGCGAGCUCUCGAUCGCCGCGGAUCGCACUUAAAAACAUUAGAAUUGGCAGAAUGUGUUCCAGCAGCGGGAAGUGGGACGCCAACGAGGAGAUCGAGUACCUCCGCGAGUAUCUGCGCAUUCCGAGCGUUCAUCCUGAUCCCGAUUACAAGCCAUGCCUCGAAUUCCUUCAACGCCAGGCCGAGGAUCUAGAGCUACCCCUCAGGGUCUAUUACCCAGAAAAUGAGCAGAACCCCAUAGUCGUCUUGACUUGGGAGGGCCGCCAACCGGAGCUGCCCAGUAUCCUGCUGAACUCCCACAUGGAUGUAGUGCCCGUCUUUCCGGAGAACUGGAAGCACCCCCCCUUCGCAGCGGAGAUGGACGAGGAGGGCCGCAUCUUCGCCAGGGGAGCUCAGGAUAUGAAGAGUGUGGGGAUGCAGUACCUGGCAGCCAUCAGGGCUCUGAAGAAGGAGGGCGCUCGCCUCAAGCGGACUAUCCACAUAUCGUUUGUGGCAGAUGAGGAAAUGGGAGGCCGACGGGGAAUGAGGCCAUUUGUAACCACGGACCACUUCCGUGCCCUCAACGUCGGGUUCGGAAUGGAUGAGGGCUUGGCCUCGCCCGACGAGGAGUUCCCCGUCUUCUAUGCCGAAAGAGCGGUGUGGCGUGUAUAUUUCAACAUAAGUGGCACUGCCGGCCACGGAUCCCUUCUGCUGCCGAAGACCGCUGGGGAGAAGCUCGACUACGUAGUCAGCAAAAUGAUGGAGAUGAGGAAGUCCCAGGAGCAGAGAUUGAAAAGCGACCCAGAUCUGGUCAUAGGCGAUGUCACGACCAUUAACCUCACCCGCGUCAGUGGUGGAGUCCAGAGCAACGUUGUGCCUCCCUUAAUGGUAGUCUGCUUCGAUUGCCGCCUGGCCCUCGACGUGGACCAUGAAGAGUUCGAAGCUAAGCUCCAUAAAUGGUGCGAGGAGGCGGGCGGAGACAUUGAACUGACCUACGAGCAGAAGCAGCCCCGGGUCCCUCCCACGGCCAUCGAUUCCAGCAACCCCUUUUGGAUGGCGUUUAAAGAGGCCACUGAUGAGCUGGGGCUCUGCGUAAGACCGCAGAUAUUCACGGGAGGAACUGACAGCAGAUACAUCCGCCAGAUGGGAAUUCCGGCUCUGGGCUUCUCGCCCAUGAACCACACGCCCGUGCUGCUCCACGACCACGACGAGUUCAUCCGGGCGGACACCUACCUCAGGGGUGUGGACAUAUACACCAAAAUUAUAGGCAACAUUGCCAAUGUCUAGUAAUACACAUAGCUAUGAUUCUAUGCUAAGAUAUGCUAUGUAAGCUAAGGUAAUAAAAAUAAACUUAGUUACGGCCAUGGGA